UCCAAUAUGGCGGACAUACAAAAUAACGUUAAAUGCAAAAUCAACUAUAAAAUUGAUAUUGAUCUAAGAAAACGUAUUUGUGAGAAUGCAUUGCAAAACGGAGAAGAUAUUUUGGGCAUUUUAAUUGGAGAUGGAAAUGAAGAGUUCGGUUACGUUGUGGGCUGUGUAAGAAGCUAUCAAAAUGCGAUAUUAUCAUGCGAAGGAAAGUCUUUUGCUAAACUAGACUGGGUUAAAGAAUUAUCUGAAAUAUGUACGUUGAUGCCAACAGGAAUGAAAAUUUGUGGUGUGUGUAUUGUGUCCAAUUUGGUUUUUUCUUCAAUUAAAGAACUAUAUUCUGAUGUGCAACUCUGUAAGCAUGAGAUAUUUUUUGAGCAACAGUUAGUGUGGAGGAUACAACCAGAAAUGGAGUUUAAAGAAAAGGAAGCAUUAGUAUAUUAUCUUUCAUCAAAUGUUGUUGAAGAAACACCAAUCAUGUUUGAUAAUAUUUACAAUGAAUUUCUAUCAACGCAUCUUACUUUACGUUUAUAUCACCCAAUUAAAAUAAUGUGUGAGAAACCAAUGAUGGUAUAGUUUUGAAUUUAACAAAGAAAGCGACUCACUUCUGUAGUAAAUUAAACAAUGCAACAUUUUAUCUCCACGAGUGUCAAAUGUUACUAAGUGAUGAUGUAACAAGUGAGAGUUGCAGUUGUCUGCUUGAGGGAGUAUGAAAUGUAAUCAAAGUUACAAGAGAAAACAAAAGGAUGUAUUGAAUGUGGAGAUUGUUCAACCAUUGUCAAAAAAUAACAUUUUAAAGAAUCAUUCCCCAGUUAUAUGUUAUCAAAAAGAUGAGAAAAAUUAUCAAACAUUUAAGAUUGUUGCGGACGUCAUUGUCAUGGUUGAUUUAAACAAAAGUUUAUCGGCUCUCAGACAUUUAUUGAUCCGUGGACUAAAAGAUCAAAUACAAGCUAUUUUAUCGUGCGUUGAUAGAUUUUCGGAAGAUUCUGACUUCUGCAUUCCGAAAAUAUUCCAUUUUCAAACGCCAGCAUCACCUUGUCUGUCAACUUGUUUAUACCCAUGGAAAAAAUGCAACGGAGAAAUUGUUGAUGUUUCUAGUUAUGAAAACGAAAGGAAAAGUGUUCUGAAGAAAUUAUUUCUUUCCAUACGACGACCAUUUGUACAUCCAAAUAAUGUGUACAGAUUUCAAAACAGUCCAAAAGUUUCCCCCUACUUGUUGAGUCCUCAUUUACAGCUUUCAAGUCCUACAGGUGAUGACUCAUACAUUGCGGUUGUUCAAGGAAACUAUUCUUAUCAUCAUUACAUGCAGGAUAAUUUUGACGACAAUAAAUGGGGAUGUGCUUAUCGUUCUUUUCAAACCAUCUUUUCCUGGUUUCGUCAUCAAGGCUAUACAGAGACCUCGGUACCAGAUCAUCGCUCAAUACAAGAAGCUCUGGUCAAACUUGGCGACAAACCUAAAUCUUUUAUUGGUUCUAAGAAAUGGAUUGGAUCAUUCGAAGUUAAUCUUUGCUUGGAUUACUUUUUGAACGUUAGCUCCAAAAUAAUGACCGUUAACACUGGUGCCGAGUUAGCUGGCAAAGGAAGGGAAUUAAUACGUCAUUUUGAAACUCAGGGAACCCCAGUAAUGAUUGGUGGUGGUGUACUUGCUCAUACAAUCGUUGGUGUUUGUUUUAAUGAUAAAACUGGAAUAAUUAAAUUUCUAAUCGUCGAUCCUCAUUACACAGGCGGAGAAGAUAUAAAUAUAAUUAUUGAUAAGGGUUGGUGUGGCUGGAAAAGUGAUAAGUUUUGGAAUCAACAAGCUCACUACAAUCUUUGUAUGCCACAAAGACCAGAAAAAGUAUAAACCACCAAACUGACUCCUGUUGACUUAAAAACGUUUGGUAGUUAUCAAAUAUACAGGGCCAAAUAUAAUAUAAAUAAAAUACUAACACUACACUAAAUAUAUACUUUUCAAUAGUUUAUUAAUUACAUAUUGUUCAGUUCCUUUCAUUAGGUUUCAAUUAAAAACAUAAUUAAUUUA